AUGAGAAAACUAGCAUUAGCAAUAUCUAGCAAAUUAGCUGUAAUGGUAGCAGCUGAAAAUAAUUUAUUAAAUGAUAAGGCAGCAAGUUCAACUCUGAUAAUAAAUACUCUAGCAAUAAAAAUGAGGAUUAAAUGA